AUGUUGGAGGGUCCAUCAUUUCUCAUUGCACGGGAUUUGCCAAGUGCCUGUGAGCAAGAGAGCAAGUGGAUUUAUAAUACUUAUCAUGUCAUCGAACUGUCGAAAGGAAAGCGUCGUUUACAGGAUGCAGAAGAGAUUGGGUCAACAAAGUCAUCCAAGCCUCUCAAUCCUGUAGAGAAGGAAGAUUUCAUUUCUAGUCAACAAUCACAUAAUCAGGGCACUGAAGGGGAUCGUACGAGUUUGGGUUCGGGUUCACUCAUCGGCCAAAUCGGCAAAGACCUUUCAAUCAGUUGCCUGAUUCGUUGCUCGAGGGCUGAUUAUGGAUCCAUUGCCUCGUUGAAUCGGGACUUUAGAUCUCUAAUUCGUAGUGGGGAGCUUUACAGGUUGAGGAGGCUUAUGGGUAUCACCGAACAUUGGGUCUACUUCUCGUGCAGCCUUCUCGAGUGGGAGGCCUUUGAUCCGAUCCACUGCAGAUGGAUGCAUUUGCCUACAAUGAUGUCAAAUGACUGCUUCAUGUGCUCUGAUAAGGAAUCAUUGGCAGUAGGUACCGAACUUCUUGUAUUUGGAAAGGAAAUAUUAUCAUUUGUUACCUACAAAUAUAGCAUAUUGACCAACUCAUGGUCGCCUGGCGUGAAGACAAACACACCUCGAUGCCUCUUUGGUUCUGCUAGUCUCGGGGAAAUUGCAAUUGUGGCUGGCGGUUGUGAUUCACAGGGAAAUAUACUGAGCUCAGCUGAGCUAUAUAAUUCUGAGACAGGAACUUGGGUAAUCCUCCCGAGCAUGAAUAAAGCAAGGAAAUUAUGUUCAGGGGUAUUUAUGGAAGGGAAAUUUUAUGUUGUUGGUGGGGUUGGAGUUGGCAGUUCGGUUAUGCUCACUAGUGGGGAGGUUUAUGAUCUGAAAACAAGGACUUGGCACGAGAUUCCUGAUAUGUACCCAGCACUUAACAGUGGGGCGGAGGACAAUAAUACGCCUGCAACAUCCAAGGCUCCACCUUUGCUUGCUGUUGUUAAGAAUGAGUUAUAUGCAGCUUAUUAUGCCAGAAUGGAAGUGCUGAAGUAUGACAAAAAGAGGAACUCGUGGAAUACUAUUGGCAAACUGCCUGAGCAGGCAAGCUCAAUGAACGGCUGGGGACUAGCAUUUCGGUCUUGUGGAGACCAGCUUAUUGUAAUUGGUGGGCCGAGAUCUUAUCAACGAGGGUUCAUUGAGAUCAAUUCUUGGGAUCCUGAUGACGGUCCUCCUCGUUGGAACUUGCUGGGCCUCAAACAAUCUGGAAGUUUUGUCUAUAAUUGUGCUGUGAUGGGUUGCUGA